AGUAAUUCAAAAUGGCGACGCCCAUGGUGAGAAAGUGUCACGCUGGAGGGCAACCAGUGGUUAUAAGGAAAUGCUGGAAGAUUUAGUGGAUUAUGUAGGGGUAUGAAGGGGCAUCAUUUCAGAAGCAUUAAUUAAAAAGAACAUACGUACAUCCCCGGUUGUUCUUUGCUGCAUUCACAAUGAAUUGCCAAAUGAGAACUGUUUUGAAAAACUGCAUUAGUCGCCCAUAUGGUCGUACAUGGGAUCCAAGGGCGUACACUCGAGUUACUGGGACAGGUUGUGGACAGUGUGGUAUGAUGUCAUCUCUAACUUCCAAGGUUAGAGGGAUUCACACAACUAUUUCGCAGACACUGCAGUCUAAUUUCCGUGUGCGAGUGAAGACGACUCGAACCCCUAACCAACAGCCCAACCGAACCCUAUAUCAUGGCGGUGUUUUUAUAAGAGACAGUGGUAGCCAUAAUGCCUUAAGUUUAAGAUUUAUGCAAUGUAGGAAUCUGCUAUGUAGACACAAAAGAAACAAAUGCCAGACUAACAUUUUUAGAGUUUACUGUUCAAAGGCCGAAAAGAAUGGAGUUAAGAAAGUCAUUCCACAGACAUCAGAAAUGAGAAGACUACUCUCUCUUGCCAAACCUGAGAAAUGGAGAUUAGCAGCUGCUCUAGGUUUACUGGUGGUUUCCAGUGCAGUAACAAUGUCGGUACCAUUCUGCAUUGGGAAGGUGAUAGACAUUAUCUACACCGAAUUGGUAAAUCAGGGUGAUAAAAUGAAGGACAGGCUACAACAAAUAUGCAGCAUUCUUAUCGUCAUCUUUGUUAUUGGUGGCCUUGCCAACUUUGGUAGAGUCUACUUAAUGAACUUAACAGGUAACAACGUUGUAAGGCGCCUCAGAUCACAAUUGUUUUCCUCCAUCAUGAGACAGGAAGUUGCCUUCUUUGACAAAAAUAAAACAGGUGAACUUAUCAACAGAUUGUCUGCAGAUUCCACUGUGGUGGGUAGCUCAGUGACAACAAACAUUUCGGAUGGUCUUCGGUCAGUGGCUCAGGCAAUUGGAGGGGUCAGCAUGAUGUGUUAUGUGUCUCCCAAACUGGCAGGGAUUGCCUUGUGUAUUGUACCACCUAUUGUGCUGAUGUCUCGUUUAUAUGGUCGCUACGUACGGGAAAUUACUAAAAAAGUGCAGGACUCGCUUGCCUCAGCAACACAGGUUGCAGAGGAGAGAAUAAGUAAUAUUAGGACGGUCCGAUCAUUCGCCCAGGAAGAAAGAGAAAUAUCAGCUUACGAUAAGAAAAUUGACCAUAUUCUGAUGUUGUCAUACAAAGAAGCUUUGGCUCGAGGUGUUUUCUGGGGAUCGACUGGGUUCUCUGGUAACAUGAUCGUGUUGUCUGUAUUCUACUACGGCGGACUGAUGAUGACAGAAUCUCAAAUCUCUGUGGGCGAUCUAUCGGCGUUUCUAUUGUAUGCUGCUUAUGUUGGCGUGUCUAUAGGAGGUAUGACAACCUUCUACUCGGAGAUGAUGCGAGGCCUGGGUGCUAGUUCCCGUCUAUGGUUCCUUAUGGACAGAGUACCAACCAUUCCUGUGUCAGGUGGAGUCAUACCUACCUCAGAAGUUGUGGGAAAUUUGAGCUUCAAUAAUAUAACAUUCAGCUACCCAGCACGGUCUGACGUGACAAUAUUCUCCGACUUAAAUCUGACUGUACCUGCGGGGUCAGUAACAGCAGUUGUAGGUGCUAGUGGAUCUGGAAAAUCUACAUUAGGGACUCUCCUACUCCGAUUCUACGAUCCUGUACAAGGAAGUGUUGUGUUGGACCAGGAAAACAUCUGUAACCUUGACCCUGUGUGGCUGAGGACACAGAUCGGUAGUGUGAGCCAAGAGCCGGUCCUUUUCUCUUGCUCUGUUGCGGAAAAUAUUGCCUACGGAGCUCCAGACCCAACAAUGGUCACCCCUGAGGCAAUCGAGGCGGCAGCAAGGAAGGCUAAUGCUUAUAACUUCAUACAAACAUUUCCAGAUGGUUUUGAUACCAUGGUAGGGGAGAGGGGACUCAUGUUGUCAGGUGGACAGAGACAGCGAGUAGCCAUCGCCAGAGCAAUCCUUAAGGAUCCUAAGAUUCUCCUUCUCGAUGAAGCCACCAGUGCGCUAGAUGCAGAGAGUGAGUACCUGGUACAAGAAGCACUAGAGCGGGUCAUGGUAGGGCGGACAGUCAUUACCAUAGCACACCGUCUAUCAACAAUCAUAAAAGCAGAUCAGAUUGCUGUUUUGGACAAGGGACGAAUCGCUGAAGUGGGCAGCUACCAAGAGCUUAUGGGUCUCAACAAUGGAAUGUUCAGGAAGCUGGUAGAGCGCCAAACCAUCACGUCAUGAAAGGAAUCUACAGGAGUGUUUGAUGGUAACGUCAGAAUCUGGUGGAGUGUGGUCAAGCACAACAAUAUCACACAGUCUGGCGGAGUUGUCUGACAGGAAAUCAGUGGGAAUAGUCAGUAUGCAAUCUAACAUCGUAAGAGAAGAGGGAACUAUGAAUCUAUCGAUGCACUGCUUUGUCACAGUAUUUUUUUACAUUACUUGUAAGCAAUGUAAGGCAAAAGUUUGAAAUUUGAUCUGUGAAUUAAUAAGACAAUGGUUAAAUAUUAUCUGCGGAAAUAAACUGUGAUUAAGACUCAUCAUAUUGUACCAUCAUUUGAUGAUGCAGAUAUAUGUCGCUUCAUAUCUUUUUACCCUGUCUUGCAAUUUGUGUUUCUCAAAAUUAAAUAGUUACUGUAUAGCCUGUUAUUUUCACAUGGAUGAUAUUUUCGCUCUUUUGCAACCCAUUGACUUGGUCGUGAAAAUUUGAUCAGUGAAGUAAGACAUGGAUAAAUAUUAUCCGUGAAAUAAACUGCUAUUAAGACUGCUGUCGUUUUGCACUGUUUUUUGUAAGACAUUUUGUAAUUUUAGCAUUGGAAGCAAUAUUCGUGAAAAUUAGAUGUUUUUUAUAGCCAGAUUACAAAGCUUUAAUUUGUUAAAAAUAAAUUCUUUCAUUUUGAAUGAAACUCACAAAAAUUUUGAAAUGUGAUAAUAACUGGCUACAGUAUGUCUCCCUAUGGAAUGAAGGGAGAUCUAUUGUAUUUAGUAGUACUGGUGUUUAUUUCCUUCUGCUUUCUCUGAUAAGAUCCUCUCUUGGCCAUAAGAAUGAACUGUUAUCUUGAAGAAACUUAAAAAAAAAAGCAUUAACCAAAGGCAGUGUGCAGUACGCUAUAAUAAGGUAUUUUAAAGGUCAUAUGUCGCAUGCAAAAUAUUUGGUACAAUAAUUUGAACCAUUGCACAUUAUUAUGAGAUUUGAAAUGUACAUUCUUCAAACACAAGUAAUGUGCAUUCUACUGACUUGCAGCUAGCUGAGUCUCGAGGUCAAAGGUCAAAUAGGUGCAAAUUUUCAGACCCAAUCUUUUUCCACCUGUAGCUUUUUGUGUACCAAAACAAUCUUGUUGAAACUUGAGAUAUACCCGGUAUAUACAUCAUAAAUUGUGCAGGUUUUUGUUUAUUGCAAUAUAAUUAGGUCAUCAUGACCUUCAGCUUUAGGUGAUUCUAAUCAAAUUAUAAUCGUACAAAAAUAUUUCUUUUGAUAAAUAUUUUAUGAUAGUAUGAAGCAAAAUUGAUUGAAAUUGAAUGAAGAUGUUAUUUUUUAUUAGUGGAUAUCUCGGUACAUUAUACCGUGGAAAUAUAAUUAGACAACUGGCUAGAGAUGGUGGUGGCAAGAAAUAGAUAUUACCAAUUUAUGGUCCCAAAAUGUUAUUUAAUUUUGUAUUUUUUUUGUUAUGAAAAUUUUGAACUUACUGCAUAGAACUUAUGUUAGGUAAACCAUGAGAAGUUAUUAGUUAGUUACUUUACGGGUGUUUAAAUGUGUGUCUCAAAUCAAAUGCUUUGUACAAUUACAAAAAGGUUACCCUUUUUUUUUUUUAUAAAAGAAGAGGUUUAAUACAACUGGGCAUUUUGAUUAAAGGAAUGAGGCUUUUUUCAGAGAUGUACAUAGAUGUCUACCUUGUUUGGACCUGACAGGUCUCUAUGGAGAUGUAGAUUGUCUAGGUUUGUUGUACCUGACUGGUCUCUAUAAGGAUGUAGAUUGUCUACCUUGUUGGACCCGACUGGUCUCUAUAGAGAUGUAGAUUGUCUACCUUGUUGGACCCGACUGGUCUCUAUAGGGAUGUAGAUUGUCUACCUUUGUUGUACCUGACAGGUCUCUAUAGAGAUGUAGAUUGUCUACCUUGUUGGACCCGACUGGUCUCUAUAGAGAUGUAGAUUGUCUACCUUGUUGUACCUGACAGGUCUCUAUAGAGAUGUAGAUUGUCUACCUUGUUGUACCUGACUGGUCUCUAUGGAGAUGUAGAUUGUCUACCUUGUUGUACCUGACUGGUCUCUAUGGAGAUGUAGAUUGUCUACCUUGUUGUACCUGACUGGUCUCUAUAGAGAUGUAGAUUGUCUACCUUGUUGGACCUGACAGGUCUCUAUGGAGAUGUAGAUUGUCUACCUUUGUUGGACCCGACUGGUCUCUAUGGAGAUGUAGAUUGUCUACCUUUGUUGGACCCGACUGGUCUCUAUAGGGAUGUAGAUUGUCUACCUUUGUUGUACCUGACAGGUCUCUAUAAGGAUGCUGUGAUAUUAUGUGGUGUUUCCUUUGGCUGCCUCUGUAAUAAUAUAUAAACAGAUUAUCAAUAAUAUAUUAACUAUUUUUUUCAAA